AUGCACGGAGCAGCCCGCGCUCCGGCCACCAGCGUGAGUGCGGACUGCUGCAUUCCGGCCGGCCUGCGCCUGGGGCCGGUGCCCGGAACCUUCAAGCUGGGCAAGUACCUGUCAGACCGCAGGGAACCAGGGCCCAGGAAAAAGGUGCGCAUGGUGAGAGGGGAGCUGGUGGACGAGUCGGGGGGCUCUCCUCUGGAAUGGAUAGGGUUAAUCCGGGCAGCCAGGAACCCCCAGGAACAGACUCUGGAAGCUAUUGCAGACUUACCAGGAGGACAGAUUUUCUACAGAGCGCUUCGAGAUGUCCAGCCAGGGGAGGAGCUGACGGUGUGGUAUUCCAACUCUCUAGCUCAGUGGUUUGACAUCCCCACGACUGCAACUCCAACACACGACGAGAAAGGGGAGGAGCGCUACAUUUGCUGGUACUGCUGGAGGACGUUUAGAUACCCCAACAGCCUUAAGGCCCACCUACGUUUCCACUGCGUGCUCAGCAGCGGCGGGAGCCGAGCCUACCUGCACCACGAGCACGCGGCUCGCCAAGGCGCUGCCCCGGCCGCGGAUGGCCUUCACUUCUCUCCAAAACCCCCGGCGCCUGACUUUGCCGCGGCCGCCCCCGCUGGCCCUCUGCGGUCCCACCCGCAGGCCCCGCCGCCCCUCCAGGCCUGCGGAGCGCGGGAGAGCAUUAAGCGGGAGGUCUCUUCUGCGCCCUCCGCCCCUUCACCGCCCCUGGCCAAGUGGGGUCAGUCCAAGAAGGGCAAGGAGCAGCCGGACCGCGCCCUAGACAUGAGCGGGGCCUCCCGGGGACACGGCCACUUCCUUGGCAUCGUGGGCGGCUCCCCAGCGGGGGGCGGCGGCCUGGCCUUCUACCCCGGAGUGCGCUCCGCUUUUAAGCCUGCGGGCUUGGCCAGGGCGGCGGCGGCGGCGGCUGCACUCGGCGACCCCUACCGGGAAGAGGGUGGCGGCAAACCGGGGUCCGGCCUGGCCUUAGGCAGGCUGCUGGGCGGGGGCCGUGCGGGCGGGCGCCCCGGAAGCGGAGAGAACCCCGCGGCGGGCAGCACGGGCCACCACCAUCACCACCACGCGCACCACCACCAUCAUCACUCUAAGUGCCUUCUCGCGGGGGAACCGCCCCCGCCGCCUGCGCCUGGCCUACCCUGCUCCGGGGGCCUGCGCGGCUUCCCUCUGCUCCCUGGCCCCCCGGAAGAGGCGUCAGCCUUCAAGCAUGUGGAGCGCGCCCAGCCCGCCGCGGCCGCGCUGCCGGGAGCGCGUUUCGCCCAGCUGCCCUCUGCGACCGGGCUGCCCGUCGAGCGCUGCGCGCUGCCGGCCCUCGACGCGGGCGGGCUCAAAGCCUACCCCGGUGGCGAGUGCAGCCACCUGCCUGCCGUCAUGCCCGCUUUUACCGUCUACAACGGAGAGCUACUCUACGGCUCGCCGGCCGCCGCCGCUUAUUACCCGCUCAAACUGCACUUCGGCGGGCUGCUCAAGUAUCCAGAGUCCAUCUCCUACUUCAGCGGGCCUGCGGCGGCGGCGGCGGCCGCAGCCGCUCUAAGCCCUGCGGAGCUGGGCUCCUUGGCGAGCAUCGACCGAGAGAUCGCCAUGCACACGCAGCAGCUGUCGGGGAUGGCGGCCGGAAAGAGCCGCGGCCGCCUGGACUCGGGGACGCUGCCACCGGCCGUCGUGGCGACGGGUGGCCCUGGGGGUGGCGGCAGUGGAGGUGGCGGCGCCGGCAAGCCCAAGACCGGCCACCUGUGUCUUUACUGCGGCAAGCUGUACUCGCGCAAAUACGGGCUCAAGAUUCACAUGCGGACGCACACGGGCUACAAGCCGCUCAAGUGCAAAGUGUGCCUGCGGCCCUUCGGCGACCCCAGCAAUCUGAACAAGCACAUCCGGCUGCACGCCGAGGGCAACACCCCCUACCGCUGCGAGUUCUGCGGCAAGGUGCUGGUGCGCCGCCGGGACCUGGAGCGCCACGUCAAGUCCCGCCACCCCGGACAAAACCUGCUCGCUAAGGCGGGCGAGGGCCCAGGCGCAGAGCCUGACUACCUCCCGGAGCCCGGGGAGCCCAAGAGCGACAACGACAGCGAUGUGGACGUCUGCUUCACGGACGACCAGAGUGACCCCGAAGCUGGAGGCGGCGGCGAGCGCAACUCUCCGAACGCUCUCAUUGGCUCAUCCCUUGGAGCCCAGGGAUGCUAUUGGUCGCAGGCUGGCGUCGCGCGAAGGUUUGGGCAGGUGCGGCCUCCCAGGAAGCCGGACCCACUGGCCGUGUGGCAGCUUGAGUGGGUGCCGCGGCGUCAGGGAGUGAGUGUGGCGCUCCUGCAGCUCACGGCUUCGCUUUCCCUGGGAACAGGGGUGUUUGGGUUCUGGGUUGGGGCAGACGUGUGGGAGUCUCGCCACGUUCAGGUGUAG